AUGGCGUUGACAGUGUCGCACAGCCCCUAUGCAACAACGCAGAUGGUCUCACUGGAAGUGGGACCAGAAGCGACCCGCUUCCUCGUCCACGACAGUGUCUUGAGCCGUAGCGAGGUUCUUGCCGCAAAGUCCUAUCCAUUGGCCUUUGUCAAGCAAUCCGUGCUUCUCCCAGAGCUAGAUCUGAACACAGCACACACUUUGGUACACUACUUGUAUACCGGCAAGUACCAGAGCCUCAACACAUUGGCAUCAUCCGACAAAGUCAUACCCGAAGUCUACAAGCUCGGUGCCGGUGUAUACUGCGCUGCCGCUCGUUACAAGCUACCAGGUCUUGCUGAGCUUGCCCAGAACAAGCUGAAGUCCCUCGACGAAGAGAUGAGCAUCUUCGAUAUCCUUACCGUAGCGAGAGACCACGCAUUUCCCUUGCUACCAGAAGAUGAUCUAUGGUAUCCGAGCUAUGUUGAACAGUCGCUCAACAAUGCCAUGGCGGACGACCCAGAGCCGUUCCGCAAGCCGGACUUCAUUACGACGGUGGAGGGGAACAGCAGGCUUCUACAGCUCGUCUGGAAGACUGUGAUGAGCAACUACGCCCGAGCGCCUGCGACGCCAGUCGUCAGUAACGAAGAAGCUUCCACUCCCACGGCUGAGGUCAUGCCGGAGCUGCACGAGCCGGUUAGUGGGGGAGAUGUUGUUCCUACGAUUGCGCCACCCAGGGAUGAAGCCGUAGAAGAAACCAUUACGAAACCGGUACCAGUAUCUGUUCAAAAGGACAAUGUUGCUGAGGCCCCAAUUGUAAACGACGCCAUAGUCUCGAAGCCCACUGAAGAAGUCCCUACGAAGCUUGAAGAGCCCCAACCAGUCGAAAAGCCAGCAACACUCGAGCCCUUCACGGACGAGCUGGACUUCAAGUCCUCAAAGACGUACCAGCAGAUGGGCAUCAGGAAGCCAGAGCAACCCGACGCUAGAGCCUCCGUUCCGAGCGAGCCCAAAGUACCAGUUCAUGUACGUUCGGACUCGGUGAUGCAAGUCGAGCAGCCCUUGGUAACCACCACUGAUGGAGAGACAAAAACCGAUGGUGUUGCGCAAGCGGAAGAUGAGCGAGCAAUUGCUGAUCUAGACGAGUUGGAAGCCCUUGGAGCGCAAGGAAAGAAGAAGAAUAAGAAGAGGGGUAAGAAGUCAAAGUCGACUACUGUCGAGUAG